ACCACCGAGCCCCAUUACAACUGCGGUAAUAAAAGCGCGAAAGCUUCGCUCACGCAAACUUUCCAACUUUUUAUUUGACGUCUUCAAGCGCCCCUUAUUGUCUACCAAUACCGAGUAUUGUUGAAUUAAAUUUUUUGUUGUUUUUACCAUCGGACUCGACUCGAACUGAAAAAUGUACAAAACUCGGCUCAUUCUUGUGAUUGUUUUUUUCGGAAUUGUAACCGCUUCGGUGGCACUGAAAUGCUGGCAGUGUGGACAGUAUAAUGAUGGGGUUGGCUCCAUCACGCCCUGCAUCAAUCGUUCGCACACUGUGCUCAAAGAAUGCCCCCAAAUUGAUCAGACUUAUUGUAUAAAAUAUGUCAGCGAAGGUUCGCUAGUCAAAGACUGUGUCGCCCAUUGCGUCGAGAAAGAAACAUGGGGUACGAAGACGCAUUGUUGUAAAGAAGAUGGUUGCAAUUCUUCCUGGACCACAGAAUCCGAAAAUCCCAUAACGCUUCUGCUUUUCGCUUUAGGUUUAGCUUUGCUUCAAUGAAGAGGUCGAUUACUCUAUUAUUAUUGUUAUUAGCAGAAAGAAAAGUCGUCGUCAAUAGCGUACAGAACCAACCCACCAUUAGGUACUUUCUAGUCUGUAAAAGUUUGUAACACAAAUCGAAAACUCUUGUCUUCUUUUCAAAAAAAAAAAAUCAAAGGGUUAUUCGAGUACUUAACUUACAUCCCUUUUCAAAAUUUCCUCCAAUUUAUGGGCAUAUCUAAAUACAACUUCUAAAAUUCUCAUUAUGUUAUCGCGAUUAAUGUGUUCAGAAAAAGUUUAGCCAUAUAUAUCCUUGUUCGUUUUGGAAAUCGUGUUCUUAUUUCAAUGAUUUAAUUUUUUAUUUAUUUCGUUUGGUUUAGUUAAGUACUGAUUUUUGAUUUGUAGUUUAAAUUUCUAAUUUCUUUAUUUUCUUUUUAUUUUAGUUUUAUUAUUCGAAAGAAAAACUGGGCCUUAUAAACAUGCGGUAAGUGUUUCUUUUUUAUUUUAUUUAUUUAUAUUUGUUUUCUAUAUUGUUUUACUCUUUUACUCAUUUUUAUGAGAAUGUCUCGAAUAACACUCAAAAACAAUUUGGUGUACGCGGUUGUUCCUUAAGGGUAAUCGUAGGAGGAGAAAAAUCAUUAGAAUUAAAAACAGACACAUGGACAAUUAAGUGCUAAUUAAAUGCUGAUUAAGUGCUUUAAUGAGAUAUUAAAUGCUAAAGGCAUUUUUUCAAAUGUUACUAUUCUGCUAACUUAUAAUUAAGUAUGAUUUAUGUAUUUUGGUCCCAUAGGACUUAAAUGCUCAUUAAAUGCUUUCAGAACAGACAGUUACCAAUUAAAUGCUCUUAUUAGUUUCCCAGUAUAUAAUAUUUCGCGACUUAGACAAAAAGGGACUAAAAGCAGGUUUAAACAUAGAAAAUUACUGUUUAGAUAUUAUACUGUUUAAAAGCUCAUUGAAGGCCCAUUAAAUGCCGUAAUGAGAAAUUAAAUGCUUCAGGCAUAUUUGCAAAAGUUACCUCCUGUCUGUCACAUGAAGACUAAGUUAGCAGAGCAUUCGCGAAAAAAAUGUUUUAUCAAUGAGUAUGGCUUUUUUGGUCCUAUAGUACUUAAGUGCUCAUUAAAAGCCUUCAGAACAGACAGUUACGAAUUAAAUGCUCUCAUUAGUUUUCCAGUAUAUAAACGAUUUCGCGACUUGGACAAAAAAGAAUCUAAAAGCAAGUUUAAACAAAGAAAAUUACUGCUUGGGUCUUGUAGUGAUUAAAGACUCAUUGAAGGCUAAUUAAAUGCCCUAAUAAGAAAUUAAAUGCUUUGGGCACUUUGAAAACCAAAAACGCCAUUUCUAUUGUCUAAACAAUUUUUUCGCUCAUGUUUUCAGUUGGCAGAAGAGGAAUCAUCCCAGAGGAUUUAAUAUCUCAUUAUGGCACAUUAUUAGCAUUUAGUGAGCAUUUAAUUGCCUUAGUGUCUGUAUUUGUUUCUGUUGACUUUGGUCUUCCUACUUAAAGGAUAUUCGCCAUUCGUUUAAUCGUAACGGUCCAAGCUCAACAUCGUAAAUAAUUUGAACAUAUAAUAAUCUCGACGUUUCGAAUCGCCCCGUAUAUUUCUUCCUUUUUAUCGCAGUUCCGUUUGCGCUUUUCGUAUUAAAAAUUAAAGCGGUUUUUACGAGAACCCAUUUAAUUCGUGAUCAAAGGACAAAAGAAUUUUGAUUUGUGAAUCUCUUGCGGUUUGAUUGUAAGAGUACAUAAUACUUUAAAAUGCUUUUUAGAAAUUUUAUAUAUACAUAAUUAAUUAAUAGAUUAACAAUAACGAGUACCUAAUAAUGCACAUUUCUACAUAUAUAUAUAUAUGUAUUAUUACCUACGAAUUUUAGAAAAAGUAUCGCAUAUUAAAUAGUAAUAUAACAAUAUACAAUAGAUC